ACUUGUGUACUUAGCAACAAUAUUCAUAGUCUGAGUGAAGAAGUGAAUGUUAUCGAAUAAUUUUUACCUUUCAUAUUAUGUUUUUAUUUAGUUUUUAAGGUUGGAAGAACCCUUAUUACCCAUGGAGUCAAUAGGUUCUCUCGUGCUUUCGUGGGCUAAAGGCUAUGAUGGCAACAACACUCAUUUCAUAGACAAGAGCACCAUUUGCUUUGCCUGUGGCCAUAAUGUAACUUUUGUGAAAGAAAAUGGAGAGGAGAUGGUGUUCCCCAGUCCAGGAGAAGGUGUGGGUACCCUGGCUGUUCACAGUGUCAACAAAGUGUUUGCUUUCUCUGAUCUGUCACUGCCACCAAAGGUUUUUGUGUACAGUUUUCCAGGUUUGGAACAGAAAGCUGUUUUACAAGGUGGUGCCCAGUUGGAAUAUUCAGCCAUUGCUUUCUCAGCUAGUGAUUACCUAGCUACUGUCUCUGGUUUACCUGAAUUUGAACUUGCAGUAUG